GGGAAACUCAACACAAUGAUUUGAUGUCUUAUAUUAUGCACUAUAAAACUGUAAAUAGGUCAUCUCAUUUGACUAACCCCACAACACAAACACAGCACGUGCGGUGCAGAGGCUCGUUCUGCGUGUAGGUGACAGUAGUUUCUCUUUUGUCAGAGAACAAAGUUUCUCUUUUGUCUGUUUGAAAGUGAACUUAAGCGGAAACAGAACACACUUCAAGACAAAUCGCUUGAAGGACAUAUUUCAAGAAUAACUGCUUUUUGUAAUAGGAUGUAAUACUUCCGCUCAAGUCUGGCUAAAGGUUGGAUCACAGCAGGCGCAAGUAAUAAAACAUAUUUUAAUGGCCGUGGGAAUGAGCUCCAACUCAUCUUCAGACCGUUGUGACUGGGUGUGCUGGAUCCAGUGGUGUGUGUAUAUGCCCAUUCUGGUUGCUGGUCUCCCUUUGAACCUAGGCGCUCUGUGGCAGCUCUACUUCAGUGUUCGACGCUGGAGUGAAUCCACAGUUUACCUCACCAACCUGAUAAUAAAUGACAGCCUGCUGAUGCUCUCUCUGCCCUUUAAGAUACACGCUUACGAGAAUGACUGGACCCUUGGCCGUAUCUUCUGCUCUUUGCUGGAGAGCCUGCUCUAUGUCAACAUCUACGGCAGUAUAAUGCUGAGCGUGUGCAUCGCCGUGGACCGCUAUAUUGCUCUCCAGUUUCCAUUUGCCGCCCGCCGUUUGCGAUCUCCGCGCAAAGCAGGGCUUCUGUGUCUGGUCAUUUGGUUGUUGGUUUUCAUAAGCAGUACCCCCAUCUACAAACUCCACGAUAACCCCAAUAACCACACUGACAAAUCUUACUGCUUUCAGCACUUCUCACAGAGUACCUGGACAAAAAGUGGUAUUCUGGUUGCUAUGGAGACUGUGUUUUGCAGCAGCACCAUGGUGAUGGUGUUCUGUUCUGUGCGCGUGGUGCAGAUCUUGCGUGAUUUGAGGGCACGCAACCCUGGCGAUGCCAAACUACGCAACAACAAGAGUGUAAAGAUCGUCCUCAGUAACCUGGUGGUCUUCCUCACAUGCUUCAUCCCUUACCACAUUGCGGCGCUGGUGUACUUCCAUGCAAAGACGCACAAUUGGGACUCAAAGAUCAUAGAUCAGCUACGCUACUUUAUUCACAUAAGCAUUUGUAUUAGUAAUGUGAAUUGCUUGGCAGAUGGUGCAUGUUACUAUUUCAUUCUUAAAGAGAACCUGCAGUCGGCACAGCGAGAGAGGAGAAUGGCUGUACACGUAAGAGACUUACGGAUACGAGAAUCAAAGACUCAUACAUUUGAAGAAAUGUGUAACUGGACAUCCAAAGCCACUGAGAAGACGGAAAUAUGUGUGGACACUGGUUUUACAUAAAAUACCUUCUCAAAAACUCAGGGAGACAAUCAAGGCAUGUCAGAAACAAAGAUCCAAAUGCCAGGGAGAUUACUCUUAUGGAUCAAUCCUAGGGUAACACAGCAAAGAAGGACAGUGGACUGGUACAUAGACAAAUGUAGGUGGAUGGAGUGCAUACUCAGUAUUAAGCCUUUCUGUCACAUGUAAACAGCUCAGUUGGCUAAUUUUGGGGCUCCAAAAAAAAAAAAAAAAGAGCUAGUUGAAUGUUAUGACUGUUUGUGAAAUUGAUAUUUCAGAUUUGCAAGCAAAAGUUUUUGUUUGCUGUGGGUUAUGAAGCAUUUUUUUUUCAUCUGAACAUGUUUAGCAGGGCUGCCAACUCUCACGCGUUGAGUGUGUCACGCAAUUGACACUGUUCUCAUGCUCUCACACCACACAGCCCUCUCACACAGUUAUAAUGUCAUGGAGCAAAGAGGACACUGACAGUGCACAGACAGACAAGACAGAGCAGGCAGCACCGUGCAGCAGCAGCGAGUUAUUCAGACCAAUCAGGGGGAAAACAGCAGCACAGUGUCUCUUCCUCUCCUCUCGCAACAACUCUCACACCGAGCUGAACUCAAAAGUUGGCAGCCCUGUUUAACAUCAAAUUUAUGUAUGUUGCAUUUACAUUUCAGAUAGUUCAAGCUAUAAGUGCUCAUUUGUGAUAUGCAACAUUUCGAGUGGAUUUUUACAAUACGUAUAACUAGUGGUAACUGACUAAGAACUGUGAUUUGGCUUUGUCCUGCUCAAAAAAUGUUGUUAGCCAUUCAGACACCUCUGCUUGUCUACGUUGAUAGUUAGAUCAUAUAGACCUAGCCUUGUACAAGGCUCUUAGUUGAGGAACUGUUUCUUCAAUAGAAUUAGUUUGGGCCCAUUAAUUAAACAAACUCAUGUUCCUUAUCUCACCACCAGAGGCCAACCUUUCUUCAAGGCUUUCCGUCUAAGAAAAGGCUGUUGGCCAACAAGAGGUUUAUAGGUCCCAUAAACCGAGAACACAAAGCAGACAGUGUCAUUUUAAAAUAAAUGUUUAACUUUAAUGCUAUCCUCCUACAAUAGUAUGAAGAAUAAUUAUAAGUAUUAUAAGAUUAAAGCAGAUAUCAGAGCUUCCUGUUUGGCAGCAGAAGCAAUUACACCUUCUUUUUUUUUGUGUAUGUGUGAUGCAUGUAGAAAUCUGGUAUGAAUGCAGCGGAGAGUGUGUGUCUAUGUAUUUUUGCUGCAUGUUUAGAAUGUUGGAAAUAGUGGUGAUGCCGAUAUCUAUAGAGCAUUGUGCCUAAUGCCUGAUUUAAAACUGAACUGUGUAACUUAUUCUGUUGAAAUACUGUUAUCCCAGGUUAAUAUGAAGAGACAACUGUAAGCCAUUUGUAGGUUAAUUUUCUCGAAAACUGUGAACACUGUCUCUGUGAUGCUAUUAAAAAAGUUUGUUUGACAGACCUGUCAAAUUUUAACACUUACUCAAAAAUAGAAAAAAACAUGCACACUUGCUCACUGCUCCAACAUUUUAUUCUAAAACCAUGUGGUUAAUGUUUUGACUCAUACUUCCACAGAACUCGUAUGAGUCGAAACGUUAACCACAUGGAUUCAAAUGUUGGAGCAGUGAGCAAGUGUGCAAGUUUUCUAUUUUUGAGUCAGUGUUACUGUCAGUUCUCUAAAAGUUUACAGGUCCGUCAAAACAUACUUUUUUAAUAGCAUCACAAGAUUUUCCUAUUUUUGAUUUUGCUUCUUUUUUGACUUGGCAGCUUGCAGAGUUUGUUUUGAUGUGCGUGGGUUCUUACAGAUAUAGUAACAUUGACUCAACCAAUUCUUUGUUUGUUCAGUCAGUAGCAGAUGGGGGCGUAUUCAGAAAGCUGUUUGAAAACUAUUUUUGCAAUUCCGUUUGGUGGCACUAGUGGUGCAGAAACUACACACAUCAGCUUUAAUGCUGAUGUGCAUUAUAUACCAUUUAAUACAAAUGCAAAUGAGACGCACACAAAAAAUAGACCGCAUUGAUAGCAAAGCUGUGAGGCUUAGACUUACAGGGCUCUUUUUACGUGAGUGUGCAAA